CGGUGUACAGUCAGUUUGAUGCAACAACACCACAAUUGGCGAGAAGGACUUUCCAUAUCCGCUGCAAACAGACCCUAAAUGGCUGCACUCGGCUUCUGCUCUCCGUUAAUCCUGGACUUGAUGCCGUUCAGUCCACGUUAACAAGUUAUGGCGUCUCUCAGCAUGACAGAAGACCAGCUGCGCUGUUCCAUCUGCCUGGAUCUCUUCGUCCACCCUGUCUCCACUCCAUGUGGACACAACUUCUGCAAAUCUUGUAUCUCUGACUACUGGGAUAUCAGGGAAGCCAUCUGCCCUCUGUGUAAGGAGACGUUCAAGAAACGUCCCGACCUCCACGUCAACACGUUCAUUAACGAGAUAAUCAACCAGUUCAAAUCGGCACAGGAGGACAUUUCUCCACACACCAUUUUGCCAUUGAGAGAGCCAGAACAGGGGGACACUACAGAUGGAAGAGUGAACAGGAAGAUCCAGGCCAGACUGAAGAAGGUGGAGGAGAUCAAAAACUCAGUGGAGAUCAGCAGAGCUAGUUCACAGAAAGACAUAGAGGAAAGUGAGCAGGUCUUCACUGCGCUGUUGCGCUCCAUUGAGAGGAGCCAGGCUGACAUUGUCGGUGAGAUCCAGGAGAAACAGAGAGCUGUGGAGAAACAAGCUGAUUGGCUCAUCAAGGAGCUGGAACAGGAAGUAGCAGAUCUAGAGAGUGGAAAUAAUAAACAUGGGGAACUUUGUUCCACCCCACAACAGAUCUGUUCUGAGAUCAGUGCUAGCGGUGGUGGAAAAACCAUCUGGGGAAUUGUGUCCCAACUGGAGGAUACCUUCAGAGAGGAGAUUAAGAAAGUCAUGGAUAAAGGGUUGAAAUUGCUGAAGACUAAUGCAGUGAACGUGAUUCUGGACCCCGACACAGCUCAUCCUUUCCUGGUUCUGUCUGAGGAUGGGAAACAGGCCAGACACGUCAACGAUUGGAGGAUCCUGCCUUUCAACCCCAAGAGGUUCAAUACCAGUAUCAGCGUCCUUGGGAGGACAGGGUUCUCCUCCAGGAGAUUCUACUUCGAGGUGCAGGUCUCUGGGAAGACUGACUGGGGCCUAGGAGUGGCCAGGGAGUCCAUCGACAGGAAGGGGAAGACACUCCCGACCCCUGCAAUUGGCUACUGGACCUUGUGGCUGACCAAUACGCAUGAGUACAAGGCUGCAGAUGAUUCUGGCUCCACCCUCCUCUCCCUGAGAGAGAAGCCCCAGAAGGUGGGGGUGUUUGUCGAUCACAAGGAAGGGUUGGUGUCUUUUUACGACUCGGAAGCCAAGGCUCAUAUCUAUUCCUUCACUGGGUGCUCCUUCAAUGAGAAACUUUUCCCUUUCCUGAACUCUAGUGUCAAUAACAAUGAUACAAACUCUGCCCCAUUUGUCAUUCUGCCUGUCAGUCAUAGAGGCUGACAGGCUGAUUGGUUAGAAAUCAAGAUGGGAUGGGCCACAUGUCAUUUGAUUGGUUCUGGUGUGUUGAGAACUGAUUCUUGACAUAGCCAAGAGAAGUGUGGCUGCUGCAAACCAUCAUCAGUACGGUGACAAGGCUAAACAUAUUCAUGCUAUCUUCAUCACUGGGUGAGUCAAUGCCAGUGGAAAGUUGAUUUAGAAUCCUGCUGUAGCCUAUAAUACAUUUCAUCCUAAUGUUGUACAAUCUGUCUCGUUUCUUUUUAUUAGCCCUGGGCCAGGUCAAGGCCAGGUCGUUUUUAAUUCAUCUGUUUGACAGUGUCAGAGUAGCCACUCAUUUCGUUCAUUUGUGUAGUAAUAUUAAAAAAUAUUCUGAUAAUGUCACCUGUCCUGUAGGCUUAAAUGACAUAGAAUUGCAUGAAAUGCGUUUAUAAAAGGCCACAUUGUUUUAAGGCCCUGCAAAAAAAAAUCCCCAUCUGUGUCAAUCCUAAAAACGCUUCUGCUGAACUGUUUGCCAGUAUGCAACUGUAAUGAUAUAUGCUAUAUUAUAAAGAGUAUUUUAUGAUUCUUGAACUCUGCCCCAUUUGUCAUUCUGCCUGUCAGUCAUAGAGGCUGACAGGCUUAUUGGUUAAAAAUCAAGAUGGAAUGGGCCACAUGUAAUUUGAUUGAUUCUGGUCUGUUGAAAACUGCAGUUCUUGAUGAUAGUACUGAUUAUUUGUCCAAUAAUCAAUCUGCCUAUGUGUUGAACUUGGUGUAAACUGUCUGUGAUUUAGAUAAUAUCAAUAACAUGACGAAUAACAUUUCAAUAACAUGACGAAUAACAUUUCAAUAACAUGACGAAUAACAUUUCAAUAACAUGAUAAUAAGAUGACAAUAACAUGAAGAAUGUUGAUUUAGUUGAUAUAGUAUGUUCAAAAAUUAUUAGAUGAGUGAUUACAGUGUAUUUUCAAUCACAAAUAGCACGAAUUAAUUUGUAUUAGUUUGUUAUAAGCCUAGUGAAGGGCUCAGUAUGCAUUGUUAUCCUUUUUAAGAGUUGGACAAAAAUCGAACAAUAAAGCUUUCUUUCUGAGCUGGA